GGAAGGAGCAGCUUCGAAGUUGGGAAGAACUAAAUUCUAAUUAGCACACGACACUAAGAACUUCCAACCUUAAUUUUUUAAAUUCCUUUCAACCAUUUCUAUGGAAGGCCGAAUUUCCAUCAAUUAGGAAUUGACUCUUCAAUACACAUGUCGCUCGCUUAUAUUCAGAAUAACAGUUCGUCGUUUUCUACCUCCUACCUUGAAUUGAGCUAUUUCGAUAUAGACAGACAUCAAUGUGGUCAUUUGGGACUACUAUGACAAUGGCGAAGGAUAGAGAACCCUCGCAAGAAACGUCUCUUCCGCCCUCACAGCCUUCACAGCCUCUUCGGCCCAUUGAAAACACGAUACAACCCCUUGGACCUCGACCGCCGAUAUUCUCGCAGCGUUCGUUAAAACAAUUAGGCUUGUUCUUCGGAGGCGCGGGUUUUAUGUUUCUUUCAACCCUCGUCACGAGGCGCUCAAUAGCCAGGAAAUAUACGGCCACAGUACCUAAAUUCUACAAUCAAAGUAAUCGACCAGUAGACAAGAUACCAGCAGACAAUAACCUAAUGGCUCUGGAGGCUCUGAAUUUGGCUACUCUUCACGUGAUGGGAUUCGGAAUCAUGAUUACCGGAGGUCUAGCCUGGGCUUUCGAUGUCUCUAGUGUUGACGAUUUGAGGAGGAUGGCACGGCGAAAUUACGGACGUGUUGGUGCCACAGCCGACGAGGAAGCAGAGCGAGAGAUCGAAGAAUGGGUAGCAGGCGUUCUAGGGAGAAAAGAGAAAAGGGAGGGGGAGGCUAAAUCUCCAACCAAGAAUGACUAGGCGUCAUAAAUAAUUCAAGCAAACAAGAGAGAAGGCAGGCAAGCAAGCGAGCAAGAGAGUGAAAUCUAUGGCUAAGACCCAAGGACCUUCACGAUACUCCAUGCUCGACACUCAAACGCUAGACUAAUGCGGUGUAUGUCCGCUAGUCCCCCAUACUCAGCCAUGAUCAGCAUGCCAUCGACGAUUCGACGAUCGGUGACUUGCACUAAAGAGUUUCAUAUCGGCCAAGCGAGAUCCUGAGCUAAUCAAGCCACCCGUUUUCGCUUCGUCUCAUGCGUCAACCUCCCGCGUCUAAGAAAGCCUUUUUCUUGCAGAAAUAAUCUUCACGAUU